ACGCAGAGGCACAAAGAGUGACAGGGCUUCUAUUUUGUCUACAAGUAGUACAAAGGACAACUUUUCACAGCCUUCAUUUUUCCCUAUAAAAAGCAUGUAACUUGUUGCAUUAUUCCAACAAGAACAACAUUGAAAUCCAAUUAGAAAAUGGCAAUCAAGACUUCAUUUUUUCUUCAUUAUGUUCCAAUAUUGUUGAUUUUAGCACUAGUGUCAAGGUCUGAAGCAGGAGGAAUUGCUAUAUACUGGGGACAGAACGGCAAUGAAGGGACACUAGCUGAGACUUGUGCUACAGGGAACUAUGACUUCGUGAACAUUGCAUUUCUUUCAACGUUUGGAAAUGGUAGAAACGCGAUGCUCAAUCUAGCAGGCCAUUGUGAUCCAUACACUCCAAAUGGAUGUGUAAACGUGAGUUCUGAUAUAAAAUCUUGUCAAUCUAAAGGAAUCAAAGUCAUGUUAUCGAUCGGGGGAGGAGCAGGAGCAUACUCAAUUGCCUCCCCUGAUGAUGCUUAUCAAGUUGCUGCAUAUCUCUGGAACAACUUUUUAGGUGGAAAAUCGGCCUCUCGCCCUCUAGGAGACGCGAUUUUGGAUGGAAUCGACUUUGAUCUAGAGAGCGGUGAAGGACCAUAUUGGGGUGAUCUUGCUAAGAAUCUUGCAAGAUAUAAUAGCAACAGAGGAAGCAAGAAAGUGUACUUAACUGCAGCCCCCCAGUGUCCAUUUCCUGAUGCUUGUGUUGGUGGGGCCUUAAAAACAGGAGUUUUUGACUAUGUUUGGGUACAAUUUUAUAACAAUCCACCAUGUCAGUACAAUCAAGAAAAUGUAACUAGUUUUCAAGAUUCAUGGAAACAGUGGAUUUCAUUAAUUCCUGCAAAGAAAAUAUUUCUUGGAUUGCCUGCUGCUCCUGAUGCAGCUGGAAGUGGAUUUAUUCCAGUUGGUGAUUUAACUUCUCAAGUACUUCCAACUAUAAAGGGUUCAGCCAAGUAUGGAGGAGUUAUGUUGUGGUCCAAGUAUUAUGAUGAUCAAACUGGUUAUAGUUCCUCCAUUAAAAGCCAUGUCUAACCUAUUUGUACUCUUCUCAUAAAAUUAGUAUAAUAUCACUUUUUUCUUUUCAAUUCAU